GAAAUUCCUUCUCCCUCUCACUGCUGGAAUGCUAAGGACCAAGGCUGGAAGGAUUCCUUGGACAGACAUUUCUGAUUAAAGGCUACAUUAAGAAGUCUGAGUCAGGGCAGCUCAACGCCACUGCAACUCCACUCCGUGGUGAGCAGCAGCAGAAUGGUGCUCCGUGGAGCCUGCCUGCUCCUAUGCCUCUUUUGCCUCACACAGGUUACCAUCCAGCAGACCCCCAAAGUCAAGCAAAAGCCAACAGCCAAGAAAGAUGGUGUGACCCUCAAAAUGAUUGAAGAUCUUAGGGCUCUGAUUGACAAUCUCUCUCAGGAGGUGGCUUUACUGAAGGAAAAGCAAGCACUUCAGACAGUUUGUUUGAAAGGCACUAAAAUUCACCUAAAGUGCUUUCUUGCAUUUAUUGAGCCCAAGACAUAUCAUGAGGCCAGCGAACACUGCAUCUCCCAGGGUGGCACUCUCAGCUCUCCUGAAAAUGGGGAUGAAAAUGAUGCACUCUACGAAUACAUGAGAAAGAGCAUCGGGUCGGAAGAGGAAGUCUGGCUUGGCAUCAAUGACUUAGCAGCUGAGGGCAAAUGGGUGGACAUGACAGGCAACAGUAUUGGCUACAAAAACUGGGAGACCGAGAUCACCACCCAGCCAGAUGGCGGGAAGUCGGAAAACUGUGCAGCUUUGUCAGCAGUUGCCAUUGGCAAGUGGUUUGACAAGAGAUGCAAGGAUAAUUUGCCUUAUGUGUGUCAGUUCAUGAUUGUGUAAUAACAGGGCUCCUACUGCUGCCAUGUAAAUCUGGUUAUUCUUUGGCAUCAGGAACUUAAAGUUAUGUAUAGAUAUGUUCAAAUAGAUUAACUAUUUGCAAACCCCCCCCCCCCCCAAAACCCAAACUCAUCAUGCAUUGGUGAUAGAUAAGAGAGAGUUAGAUCUAUGUUACAUUUUAAAUUGGCUGAAAGCUGUAUCCAACUCCAUAGCAGCUGCAUUGCUCUUCCUAAGGCACAGUUUAUAGAUAUUUUUUUUGCACCAGAAACUUAUUAGGGUGGCUUAAUUGACUUAAUAAAGAAUAAAUGCAACACUCCUGUUUUGCAAACCAUACAACAGAUCACUUAAGUCUCAUUAAGUUGUUGCUCCAGUUACUUUGCCUGCAAUUCCCUUUCCAUUAUUGCUGAUUUUAUUAAGCCAUCCAUAAAACUGGUCAGUUCUUUCUCAUUCUGCUCUAUGGCUUGAUCUUGAGCAUGUGCAUGAAGUAAGAAGACCCAUUAAAUCACAAGCCAGUGUACACAAGAUCAGGUUUAGUUUCAUGAUAACGAAUGUGGUGUCUGAAACAGUAGGGCCAGUUUUCCUGUUUUACUUUGAGAGUUAAAAUUGUGAAUACUAGCAGAUUACAGGAGUGCUCAAAGGUGGACAGAAUGGGACCCUCUUAUAGUGUGACAUCACUGAAUGACUUAGAAAGGAACACGCUGAUCUGUUGAAGGGAGGGUGAAAUUGUCAGAAGUAUCAGGUAGUGGUUGGGGUUCUUUCUUCAUUGAAGUCAGUAGUAAAAUAGCCAUUGAUUCCAAUAGGAGCAAUUUGACCAAAGGCAUGUGCUUCUGAAAAAUCCAACCCAGGAGCCUAAUUUACGCUUAAGCAUCUUCUGGGAAGUACUGACUUGUAUUUACUAACUCCUUCAAUAACAAGUUGCUUGUUUCUACAGACAAUUCCAAAGAUUCUUGGGAAUCGUGGAAAACACUUAAAAAUAAUAAGAAAUAUGUAAGAUAAAUCAUAGUAUGCUAUUAUGAAAGCUUGAAUAGAUAACAUAAAAGUUUAUUAAAUCCCAACAAAAUUAGAUUCCGCUUCUCUCCAAAUAAUAUGUUUCAGUAAUGGAUUGUGUUACCCCAGCUGAGAGCUUUUCAGUUGUGUGCUAGUAUUUGUUGCUUUGGAUUAAUAAAGUCUCUGCUUGAGGCCAGGUCCUUAACUUUCCUUUCCUGUGUCCUUGUGGAAAGGUAUUUAGCACAAUUUGCAGAUUUGUUGGAAUCUGUCAGGCCACUCUGUGAGUGUUUCUGCUUUGGCCUCAAACUUGCAACCUCUGGGCUGUCAAUUGCGUGCCUCAGCACUCAUAUCACCCCAGCCCCCUCAACUUCUGUAACUCAAUAUAGAUCUGUUUGCUCUGCUGGCUUCACUGAAGUUAUGAGUUAUACCAUACAAGGAGCUGGCCACAGUAUUUGUUUGGUGGGAAGAGGAUUAAAGAAAGUGCUCAAUAAAACCUAUUUUUCCUAAUUAGCAGCAAUGAUGGAAAAUAAUUACAAACAUGUCUGACAAUUUAACAAGGCUUUGUUUUUCUUAAAGUUUGCUGAAUUGUAUCAAUGUUGUUUUUAAGUUCAGUAUGCUAGAUAACACACCCAGUUUAGGUUAAGUAUUCUCUGCACUAUCACAUGUCCUUCUUAAGCCUGUGGGAGAAAUAUUUCAAUUCACUGCUUGUUUAAAACCAGUACGAUAUAUGCUUCUUUCAAAAUUUAUAGCAGGAAGACCAAACUAGAAGAAUUUACAUACAUACACACAUACAGAGUGCAUACUUCUGAGGCUAUUACUAUUGCCAAACUCUCUGCUGUUCAAAUGACUAUAAAAUAAAAAAAAAAUACAGCUUGCUGAAAUAA